CGUCCCUCACCCCCUGCCCCACCCCCGCCGAUGGGCCGGCCCGGCUCUCCCUGCCGAGGAAUGGGCCGGCCCGGUGGCGGGCGGGCAGCGGCGGCCCAAGAUGGCGGAACUGCAGCUGGACCCGGCGAUGGCGGGGCUGGGAGGGGGUGGCGGGAGUGCGGUGGGCGACGGGGGCAGCUCGGGCCGCGGACCCCCCAGCCCUCGGCCGGCCGGCCCCACGCCCCGCGGACACGGCCGCCAGCCCGCCGCCGUCGCGCAGCCAUUGGAACCGGGGCCCGGACCUCCGGAGCGGGCGGGGGGCGGCGGGGCGGCCCGCUGGGUCCGGCUCAACGUGGGCGGCACCUACUUCGUGACCACCAGACAGACCCUAGGCCGGGAGCCCAAGUCCUUCCUCUGCCGCCUGUGCUGCCAGGAGGACCCGGAGCUGGACUCGGACAAGGACGAGACUGGAGCAUAUCUGAUUGACCGAGACCCCACCUACUUUGGUCCUAUCCUAAACUACCUCCGACAUGGAAAGCUCAUCAUUACCAAGGAGUUGGCAGAAGAAGGUGUGCUGGAGGAAGCAGAGUUUUACAAUAUCGCAUCUCUCGUGCGGCUGGUUAAGGAAAGGAUACGAGACAAUGAGAACAGAACUUCACAAGGCCCCGUGAAGCAUGUGUACAGGGUCCUGCAGUGUCAAGAGGAAGAGCUCACUCAGAUGGUCUCCACCAUGUCUGACGGCUGGAAAUUCGAACAGCUGAUCAGCAUUGGCUCCUCCUAUAACUAUGGAAAUGAAGACCAGGCAGAAUUCCUCUGUGUUGUCUCCAGAGAACUAAAUAAUUCUACCAACGGCAUCGUCAUAGAGCCAAGCGAAAAGGCCAAGAUUCUUCAGGAGAGAGGCUCUCGGAUGUAAACGGAGAAUCUGAAGUUCCAGAACCCUGAAGGCAAGAGAGCGAUCGACCAAGCAGCUGAGAAGAGAAUCCUGCACCUGUACAGUAACUGAGCUACUGCAGAGCAAAGCUGCGCCUGGUCCCCGAGAAGUGGUGUCCGCUGAGACCAGAGGAGCCCCACCCGCCUCGGACGGAGACGACAGUUGGCCUCUGGCUGCACGGCCCCUUUCCAGAAACCUGCUUUUGUUUUCUAGCCAGUGUUAGGACAGACCUUCACAACAGCAUCUAGGAUGGGUCCCUGGCUGGAGCCUUGUGGGGAGCUGCGGGGAAAGGAGGAGGGCCUAGCUCCCUGAGAACAGUCCAAGGAAGCUAGAACAGAGGAAGGAGGCUUGUCCUGAGCUGUGCCCUGAUCUAAGCCUGCGUGUGCCAUGAUGGAUGCGGCAGCUGCCAUGACCAUUCUUCCCUGACCGAGGCAUUCUUUGAAGUUGGUGGGAUGCAGGGGAUUCCAGCCUUAGCGUGUUGAGUCGAGGUUUUGGGUACAGAAUGGAGUUGCCAGAGGACCCACAAUCCUAUGAACAGAGCCCCAGAGGCAGGAGGAUGAGGUGUCCUGUGCUGUGCUUGGAGGGGACUGGUUGCUAUUCCUGGUUCUGAGCACUGGCCUGUCCCCACGAGUAGCUUCACCUGGUGUCUGUCCCACAGUGGGGCCCGUGUGGCCUAGCCUCGAGCAGGAGCUUAGAGGCUGCAGCAUCCUAAGCAGCGCUGGACAGACGAUGGUACUAAGCGGGCGCUGUAACUGCCUCUGCAUUCUGACCUGGUUGGCCCCGUCUUCCUCCCCCAGCUUCUUGAACUGGACCAAAGAGAAAGGACUUUGUGGACCCUCUGUAUGGCUUGGGGUGAGGAAGGCUGUUUCUGUGGAAGCUGCCAAAUGUGUCAUGUUGUCAUAGCUAAAAGUGGUGGUGUUUUUGUGAUUGUCUAUUCAACAUGCACUGACUGAUCGGUGA